AUGAGCAGCUCUCAACAAUCUUAUCAGGACACCUCCAGUCAACACACUGACGGCGCAGCCGACUCUUCUGCGUCCAAGCCAAGUCGAGGUGCGCCGAGCAAGCAGAAUCGUGAAUGUGCGCGUCGAUUCAGAGAAGGCCAAGCAACCAAAGCGCGAGAUUUAGAAACCAAAAUUACGGAACUCGAGUCGAAGACCCAUGAGACGCAUGCAGAGAAUGCCGAGUUGAGGAGUGUUAUCGCGAGUUUGCGCUCUGAAAUCUGGUCGAUACAAGAAGAGAUGGAGGGUGAGAUGGUAGAGGACGAUGAGGACGACUGGCGUGCUUGA